CCGGACGGGAGGGACGGAGAGGGAAGAGAAGCGCGUUGGAGGUUGGGACAGGGGGCCUUUUGGACUACUUUGGACUUCCACUCCGCUGCAAACACUAGCGCAACAUGGACAAGAUCAAGAAGAACAACAAGACUACGGUCUACGUCGGCGGGCUGGACGACCAGAUCACCGAACAAAUACUCCACGCCGCCUUCCUGCCCUUCGGCGAUAUCCUCGAGGUGCAAAUACCGCCAGAUCCAACCUCCCGCGCCCCCCACCGCGGCUUCGGCUUCAUAGAAUACGAAUCCGCCGCGGACGCCCAAUCCGCCAUCGACAACCUGCACCUCUCGGAACUCUACGGCAAAGUCAUCAAAGUCAACCUCGCGCGGCCGCUCAAAGCCGGACAAUCGUUCACCACUAAGGCGAUAUGGAACGAGGAGGAGUAUCUGAAGAAACAUGUUGCAGGGGUACCGGAUGUUGAAGCAGAGGAGGAGGUGGAGGCAGAGGGGAAGGAGGGAGAGGUAGAUGGGGAGCCGGUGGCGAAAAAAGCGCGGGCAGAGAAACAGGAGGGCAAUCCCCUUGUAUAUUUUGAUGUGGAGAUCGGAGGGGUGAUGGCCGGGAGGAUUGUGAUACUGUUAAGGGCGGAUGUUGUGCCAAAAACGGCUGAGAACUUCCGACAAUUAUGCACACACGAAAAAGGUUUCGGGUUCAAAAAGUCGAUAUUCCACCGGAUUAUCCCACAAUUCAUGUGCCAAGGAGGUGACUUCACAAAACACAACGGAACGGGCGGCAAAAGCAUCUACGGCAACAAAUUUAACGACGAGAACUUUAUACUGAAACAUACGCGGCCGGGGACGCUAUCUAUGGCGAAUUCCGGCCCGCACACCAAUGGCUCCCAGUUCUUCAUCACGACAGAGAAGACGCCAUGGCUGGAUAACAAGCACGUGGUAUUCGGCGAAGUAACUACGGGCAUGGAUGUGGUGCGCAAGAUGGAGAAGGUCGGGAGUGUGGAUGGGAAGACGAAGAAGAGGGUGGUGGUAGUUGAGUGUGGGCAGUUGUAAGGAUUCGGUGUAGGUCAGGUGAAGAGGUGUGGGGCGGCGGAUUGUAGAUAGUGAGAAGUGGGAAGAGCGUGGAGCGGUGCCAGAGGAAUAUAUAUAUAUAUAUAUAGGCGUAGUGGAGGAUUUGAAGCAUUCAGCGUAAGGUGUUCAAUCGUAUGCAUGCAUGGCACCAUGACCCGGGAGCGAUAUCUGUCGUAC